AUGAAUCCUCUCGACAACCCACUUUCGGAAAACGACCAAAUUGCCUCUUCGUCACUAGCAAAACAGCAACAAAAUUCGGAAAAAAUGAAAAACAAACUUUUCGACAAAGCUCCUUUGGAAGAAAAUACAUUAGGAGUAACUUCGACUCAAGAUAAUAAUAAUUCCGAAAAAAGUAAGAAAGACACAAGCAUGAAACAUAAACUCUUCAAAUUUUCAUCCGAUUUUAAAAAGUUUAUUGGAUUCAUCGGUCCUGGUUACGUCAUUGCGGUGGGAUAUCUCGAUCCCGGAAAUUGGGCAACCGAUCUAUCUGCUGGAUCGCGGUUCGGGUAUUCGCUGUUGUUUGUGAUCUUUUGCUCCAAUCUGAUGGCAAUGUUGUUGCAAUCACUGUCAGUCAAGUUAGGCGUGGUUACAGGAAUGGACUUGGCACAAGCUUGUCGGGCUUAUUACUCAAAAUACGUAAAUUACUUCCUUUACGUGCUCUGCGAACUUGCCAUAAUAGCCUGUGACUUGGCUGAGGUUAUUGGUAGCGCGAUUGCACUGAAUCUUCUAAUUGAUAUUCCGCUUCCGUGGGGAGUUGCUAUCACAGCGGUUGAUGUAAUAAUAAUAUUAUUUUUAUAUCGAGAUAAUGAUAUGAAAUCUGCACAUAUAUUAGAAUCAUUAGUGAUGUUAUUAGUUGGUGCAGUUGGGUUAUGCUUUGUUUUAGAAUUGGUAUACGCUAAACCUAAUAGUGUGGACGUGUUAAAAGGUUACUUGCCUAGUGCCGGCAUAUUCACAAACAGAGAAGAAUUAUAUAUUGCGGUGUCGAUUGUGGGUGCUACAGUAAUGCCGCAUUGCAUAUACUUGCAUUCACAUCUUGUAAAGGCUCGGAAAUUUCGGGAAGAAAGUCGAGAGAUUAAGUGUCAUAAGCAUAUUGGAUUUCUUGAAAAUGGCGACACUUUAAAGGAUUUUUUCAAGAGAAUCACCCAGAGCACAAUAUACUUUUCUGUAGUCGAUUCGAUUGUAGCAUUAACAUUUGCAUUGUUUGUGAAUUCUGCAAUUCUGAUAGUGUCGGCCGCAAAUUUCUAUUACGUCUCAUCACAGCCAUUAGUGGCAGGCUUAUACGAUGCGUACAAUCUACUGACAUCUUAUCUGGGAAGAGCGGCUUCAACAAUAUUUGCUAUAGCAUUAUUGUUCGCCGGACAAAGUUCAACACUCACAGCUACAAUUGCGGGUCAAAUUGUGAUGGAGGGGUUUACCGAUAUGAAAUUAAAACCUUGGGUGAGAAGGUUGGUGACGAGAUUAAUAGCCAUUGUCCCGGCAAUGAUAAUUGUGAUAUGGAAAGGUGCAUCUGGAUUAAAUGAUCUAUUGGUGGGAAGUCAGGUAGCACUGAGCAUACAAUUACCAUUUGCUGUAGUUCCUUUGGUGUGGUUUACUAGUCGUAAAGAAUUUAUGAGAGUUGAUGUUAGAGAAUUGAUAAAGAGGGAGUUGCAAGGUGAAGAAGUGAUGAAUGAUGCUGAAGGAAUCGAAAAUCAACUUGGUGAAAAAACAAUUACUAAUAAGAAACUAUCUGGUCCAUUUUAUUCCGACUUGCUGAGUCAAAAAUCUACGCCAAACAGUAGUAAAAAUGAUGACAUUUCUGAUGACAAAAGAUAUAUAGAAUUUUCGAAUUCUUACUUACUUAUAAUUACCGCCUGUAUUGUUAGCUUUACAAUAAUUUCCUUAGAUUUAUAUUUGGUUAUUGAUAUUAUCAUCGGCGCUGUAAGAGGUUGA